AUGUCUGACCAACAAAAAUACACCAACAAGCUCUCCGGCGCCCGCGUCCUCGUCGUCGGCGGCUCCUCCGGCAUCGGCUUCAGCGUGGCCGAAGCCGCGCUCGAGCACGGCGCCAUCGUGACCAUCUCCUCGAGCCAGGAGUCUCGCGUGCAAGCCUCCGUCGAGAAGCUCAAAAAGAGCUACCCGUCCCUUGCGGGCCACAUCAGCGGGUACGCAUGCGACCUGGCCACCGAAGAGGGGAUCGAGAACCGCAUCAAGGCCCUCUUCGACCAUGCUUCUUCUUCUGGAGGCCAUCUUCUGGACCACAUCGUCUUCACCGCGGGCGACCGGCUUGCCGAGAUGCCUCUGGAGCAAAUCUCGCUCGAGAAACUCAAGGCCGCCGGCAUGGUGCGCUUCUUUGGGCCCCUUCUCUUCGCCAAGAUCGGGAAAAACUACAUGUCCGCCGGCCCGAAGAGCUCGUUUGUCUUCACCACGGGGUCCGUCAGCCAGAAACCCAUCCCCGGCUGGUCUGCCGUGGCCGGGUACGCGAGCGCCAUGCAUGCCCUGGUGCGUAACCUGGCGCUCGACUUGAAGCCGAUCCGCGUCAACCUCGUCAGUCCGGGCGCAAUCGACACGGAGCUCUGGAAACACUGGCCUGAAGACAGACUGAACCAGUUCAAGGAGGCAGUGAAGAGCCAGCACACGACUGGCCAGAUGGGAAAGCCUGAAGAUGUCGCCGAGGCGUAUUUGUAUCUCAUGCGUGAUCAGAAUUGUUCGGGGACCAUGAUUUCCUCGAAUGGUGGCUCGUUGCUCACCUAG